CUUACGGCAUCUACUGUUUUGUUUGGUGUUACGCUCGUCUUUCCGAGAGGACCGAGACUUGUUUUUGAUGGGAAGAUGGUUGAUGGUGCAGUCCAUGCCUCCUUGUGGUCCUUCUUGACAUUCUCAUGGACGAAGGAGAUUAAUGACAGAGCUGUCCGAGAAAACAGACUCGAAGUCGAAGACCUUGGGGCACAGCGCGCCACCUUCCGUGCCCAAAACCUCCACCGCCACUUCGCCGAUAGCGACGGUAAAGGCUGGCAUCUCCUCCGCCGUAUCAUCGUCACCUUCAAAUGGCAAUUUAUCCUGCAAUGGAGUAUGGGACUCGUGUCGUCUGUCCUCCAGUAUGCUCCGACAUUUUUCCUCCUGAGGAUUUUGCAGUUCGUGCAGAUGUACAAGGUAGGUGAAGUGGAGUGGUGGUAUGGAUGGUAUUACGUCGCUGGUAUGUGUGCGGCGAAGCUGGCUUAUGCGAUUUUGUACGCUCAGGUGUGGUAUAUCUCUGCGUGUGUGCUACAGACAAAGGUCAACAGUGUCUUGAAUACGGCAAUUUUCGCAAAGACGCUGAAGCGCAAGGACAUCGUCGGAGUUGAUGUCAACACGGAGAAGAAGGAUGACGGAGAAGACGAUGAUGACGCAAGCAAGAAGGACAAGAAAGGUGAUGAAGAAGUCGGUGGAUCUCGACAGAAUGUGCUUAACCUCAUGGCCGUCGACGCUGACCGCGUUGCGACGUACUCGACGUGGGAUUGGAUGUUGGCUGACGCACCUCUCCAAAUCGCCGUCGCCAUCUUCUUCCUCUACAACCUACUUGGAUGGUCUACCUUCGUCGGCUUCAGCGUCAUGAUCGUACUCUUACCCAUCAACCAAUGGGCAUCAAAGUCAUACUCUUCAUCCCAGUCAAACCUCAUGAAGAUCCGUGAUCGUCGCGUCGGAAUCAUGACCGAGAUCUUGCAGGGCAUCCGACAGCUGAAAUUCAUGGCAUGGGAGCGAAACUGGGAAGCGAAAGUCAACGAGAUGCGUGAUGAGGAAGUCAGGGAGCUGAGACGUGUUUGGUUCUUGGAUGUAUGCUUCAACUUGAUCUGGAGUGGGAGUCCGAUUUUGGUUACCGUUUCGGCGUUCUUCUCGUAUACGAAGUUGCAGGGACAGGAUUUGACGCCUGCGCUGGCUUUUACGACGUUGAGUGUCUUCAAGGAACUCGGGUUUGCAUUGAAUAUCAUUCCGGAGGCUGUUGUUGAGGCACUUCAGGCGUGGACUUCGUUGAAGCGUAUUCAGCGUUUCUUGCAUUCGGCUGAGAUUGAGGAUGCACCGGUUGAUGAUAAGAAGUUGAUCGAUGAUACGAAUGCCACGAUCACAUGGCCUUCUGAUAAUACGCUUGAGAGCGUAACAGAUGCUACUCCUACGUUCUCGCUCAAGGAUAUCAAUGCAGAGUUUCCUCGAGGAGCUUUGUCGUUAAUAUUUGGACACACGGGAGCUGGUAAGACUUUGAUGCUGCUUGGACUGCUUGGAGAGGCGGAUGUGACCGACGGGACCGUUUCUUUGCCGCCUGCCGACAGUAACGCUUUCGAGCACGGUGAAGAUAUCAUCCCACCAGCGAAGUGGAUUAUUUCUGGUGCGAAGGCGUAUGUUCCGCAAACUGCAUGGCUUCUCAAUGACAGUAUUCGCAACAACAUCCUAUUCGGUCUCCCAUACAACGAGAAGCGAUACAACGCAGUCAUCAAUGCGUGUGCAUUGACUCGUGAUUUGGAGAUCCUCGAGGACGGUGACUUGACUGAGAUCGGCGCAAAGGGUUUGAACAUCUCUGGUGGACAGAAGGCUCGUGUUUCGCUUGCCCGGGCCGUCUAUUCCCGUGCGGAGGUCUUGAUCUGUGACGAUGUCCUGAGUGCGUUGGAUGCUCAUGUGUCCUCGCACAUUGUGAACAAGUGUUUGAUGGGCCCCUUGAUGAGGGAGCGAACAAGGAUUUUGGUCACGCAUCACGUCAAGCUUUGUAUGAACGGGGCUGACUACAUCAUGGCUCUCAAAGGUGGCAGAAUCGAGCAUGCGGGUUAUCUUGCUGAGCUCAAGCGUACUGGUAGUCUGCAGCACAUUCUCGACGAAGAAGAGGAUGAAGAGAUCGAACGCGAUGCUGUACCAGGCGACAAGACUGAUGCGCACGAGAUCGAUGGCGAUCCCGAGGAAAUGACCAAAUCGGUCGAUCUUGGGAAGAAGCCGAAGAAGUUUGUGGAGGAAGAGGCGCGUGAGAGGGGUGCUGUAAAGACUCAGGUCUACUCGUCGUACUUCCUCGCUAACGGAGGUGUGCUGUUCUGGUGUAUGAUCAUCGGUGCAUUCAUUACGGCGCAAGGUCUUGAAGUUGCUGAGAGUUAUUGGCUCAGGCUUUGGUCUUCGUCAUACAAAGGCAGAACUGCAGCCAUGUUGGCUAAGCGAGCCAUCGCCUCUGUGUCGUCCCAACAGUUCGCCUUCCAUACCUUCAAGGGCGCAACUGAAGAGCAUUCUGUCGAGUACUACCUCGGUAUCUAUGUCGCCAUUGCCGUUGUGUCUAUCCUCAUGGGCCUCGUUCGAUUUGCAGUUACCUUCUAUGGAAGUAUUCAAGCUUCCAGGGUUAUGUACCGCCGUCUCCUUCAUACGGUUCUCUAUGCACCCAUGCGAUGGUUGGAUACUACCCCAGUGGGCAGAGUGCUCAAUAGAUUCAGCAAGGACUUUGAGACCAUUGACUCCAAGGUUGCGAAUGACAAUGCUUGGCUGGCGAUCAACACCCUUGGUACUAUCAGUGUUACGGUUGUCUGCAUCUUCGUUACGCCAACUUUCCUCAUUGCUGCACUGUUGUUGUGCAUGUUUGCCGUUUUCAUCGGUCGGGUGUACAUGCGUGCUUCCCGUGAGCUGAAGCGUCUAGAUUCGGUCUCGAAGUCGCCUAUCUUUGAAUUGUUCCAGGCUACUAUUUCUGGUACAUCGGUCAUCAGGGCAUAUGGCGCCUCUCAGCGUUUCUUGCGUGCAUCUUUCGAAAAGAUGAAUAUCCUUGUCCACGUCCAAUACAACCUCUGGCUUGUCAACAGGUGGAUGUCUGUCCGCUUUAAUGUCCUAGGCGGUUUCUUCGCUACCAUCGCCGCAGCACUUAUCUUGAUAAAUAUCAACCGCGUGGACGCAGGUUUAGCAGGUUUCUCACUGUCCUUCGCUCUGGAUUUCCAAACGUACAUCUUCUGGAUGGUUCGCCGUAUUACUGAUGUGGAGUUGUCGAUGAACGCCGUGGAGCGUGUGACAGAGUACACCAACAUGCCCACGGAACCUCAGGAUCAACCAUCACCCCCGGCGACAUGGCCAGAGCACGGAGCCAUCAGCUUCCGCAACUACGAGGCAAAGUACGCAGCUGACUUACCCUUGGUACUGAGAGGCUUGACCUUCGACAUCAAGAGCAACGAGAAAAUCUGUCUCGUAGGCCGAACAGGAUCCGGAAAAUCAACCAUCACUCUCGGCCUCUUCCGUUUCCUCGAGGCUGCUGGUGGAGAUAUCUUCAUCGACGACGUGAACAUCUCCAAGAUCUCACUCUCCGACCUCCGUAGUCGUUUGACAAUCAUCCCACAAGACCCUGUCCUGUUCACGGGUACCGUCCGCUCAAACCUCGAUGCAUUCAACGAGUACUCAGAUGCCGAACUGUACGACGCCCUCCGUCGUGUCCAACUCAUCGGUGACGCCGGUUCGGAGACAGAAGACGGAAACGUCUUCGAAGAUUUCUCGUCUCCAAUCAGCGAGGGCGGCCUCAACCUCAGUCAAGGACAGCGUCAACUCGUCGCCCUCGCCCGUGCACUCCUCCGACGCUCCAAGAUCGUCAUCAUGGAUGAAGCGACGGCGAGUAUCGACUUCCAGACCGACACGAUUAUUCAGAAAACGAUUCGGGAGGAGUUGCGGGAUUCUACGGUCAUUGCGAUUGCGCAUAGGUUGUCAGUGAAGCAUGAUAGGGUCAUGGUGCUUGAUCAUGGGAAGUUAUUGGAGUUUGAUACGCCGGCUAAUUUGUUGGGUGAUUCGGAAAGCUCGUUUUAUGAUUUGUGCAAGACGGCAGGAGAGGUCGAAAACUUCAAGAGAGACCUCGGUAUUAAUUAGCAUAAAGCAGCGUCUCACGGAAUACGAGAUAUAGAGUAAUCUAAUGUCAGGUUUUUGGGGAAUUCAUAGCGAGUAAUGAUGAAUGGCAUUUGCAUUUGCAGC